GGGAAGAGGGGGGAGAGAGGGAGGCACACAGCUUGAGGAAGACGGGGCAGAGAUAAGGGAGGCUCCUCGCAGCCCUGCCGGGAGAACUUGACACUUUGCAGCCCGCAGCAGCCAGCAUGGUUGUCCUGAGCCCGGUGGCUCGGGGGAUUUAUCUUCAGCUUUUCUUCCGCCUCAUCGUGUCUCAGCCCACCUUCAUCAACAGCGUGCUCCCCAUUCCAGCAGCCCUUCCCGGCCUGGACCAGAAGAAGCGUGGCAGCCACAAAGCAUGCUGCUUGCUGACCCCUCCUCCGCCCCCGCUCUUCCCACCACCGUUCUUCCGAGGGGGCCGAAGCCCGCUUCUCUCCCCAGAUAUGAAGAAUCUCAUCCUGGAGCUGGAGACCACGCAGGAACCCCCAUGUGUGCAAGGGUCACUCAGCUCCCUUGGGCCUCCGGGCCCCCAGGGCCCACCAGGGCUUCCUGGCAAGACAGGACCAAAGGGAGAAAAGGGGGAGCUAGGCCGACCAGGAAGGAAGGGUAGACCUGGCCCCCCCGGGGUGCCUGGCAUGCCUGGGCCUGUCGGCUGGCCCGGCCCUGAAGGCCCCAGGGGUGAAAAAGGCGACCUAGGUGUGAUGGGCUUGCCAGGGUCGAGAGGACCAGUGGGCUCCAAGGGCCACCCUGGAUCCAGAGGGGAGAAGGUUGGUGCCCGUCUUGAUGGCUUGGUCUGGGCUGCCAGGUCUGGGGGUUUCCCAGGAUUUCCUGGAAUGUUGGGGCAGAAAGGUGAAAUGGGGCCAAAGGGUGAGCCUGGGAUGGCAGGACACCGGGGGCCCACGGGAAGACCAGGAAAACGAGGCAAACAGGGGCAGAAGGGAGACAGUGGAGUGAUGGGCCCACCAGGCAAACCUGGGCCUUCUGGUCCACCUGGCCGCCCAGGUCCCCCAGGCCCCCCAGGCCUCCCAUCUGCAGGACAACUUGUAAUGGGACCCAAGGGGGAAAGAGGAUUUCCCGGGCCUCCAGGAAGAUGUCUUUGUGGAACUCCCACGAAUGUGAACAACCGUCCCUAUGGGGAGUCGGCGUACGGGCCCAGUUCCCCGCGAGUCCCCGUGAUUUUUGUGGUCAACAACCAGGAGGAGCUUGAGAGGCUGAACACCCGAAACGCCAUUGCCUUCCGCAGGGAUCAGAGGUCCCUCUACUUCAAGGACAGCGUUGGCUGGCUGCCCAUCCAGCUGACGCCUCUCUACCCGGUGGACUACGCCGCGGACCCCCGCGGCUUCUGUGGGGACGGGGUCCUGCAGCCCGGAGAGGAGUGCGACGACGGCAACGCGGACGCGGGUGACGACUGCAUCCGCUGUCGCCGGGCCUACUGUGGAGACGGCCACCGGCACAGGGGCGUGGAGGACUGUGACGGCUCUGACUUCGGCCACCUGACCUGUGAGACCUAUCUCCCCGGGUCGUAUGGAGACCUGCGGUGCACCCCGUACUGCUAUAUCGACUCCACGCCCUGUCGCUACUUCACCUGAGGGCCACCUGGAGGAGGCAGCCCUACCACGGAGCUGGCAGCAGCCCCUCCACCCUUGGCAGACUGACCUCGCCUGUCCUGGUCCAGUUUCCACCACCUUUGAGCGACAGAAACAAGGACAAACUCUUGCUGCUAAGACGUGCUUUUAACUCAGUCCGACUGGAGGAACUUAGGACCCUUGCAUCCUGUGCUAACCCCAAGUCCCAGGACUCCUCCACGUGCCCAGCCUGGGAACUGCUCCCCGUCGCACCCUCCGGCCCGACAGCAGGCCUGCAGGGCCCUUUCCUCCCGAUGCUGUGGACUUGGCUUCGCACUGUUAGACACACACGACUGUUGGAGUUUGCUCUCAUCUUGGGGCAUCUCGGGGGCGGGCCUCUCCCCUCCUCUGACCUCUGGGACUGUGAGCAUUCUCACCCGGCCCUGGGGACCACAGAGCAGGGACAUGGGCCCAUUCGUGGGGUGGCCCCCAGCUCUGGGCCUGCCCAGGGACCCCCCCCAACUGGCCACAGCCCAGCAAGGCCUCCUGUGGAUGCGGCCCUCCCAGGAAGAGCCCCCAACUGUGAAAAAGGACUGAGGAUGCCGCCCAGCCCGCGCUUUGCCCCGGGGGGUGCUUGCCGUGCGAAAGAAGCAGGGCAGUGGCCUCCCCAUCCCCGGCACCGUCCUGACCUCGCAGCUCUGUGCACUUGGGCCUCUGUCUCAUAAGCGGCCCUCUGCCCCUCUCUCGGUCAGGAGAUUCACUGGCAGGCAGGCCGUUGGUGGGUCCUUGGGAAAGUGCCGCCUGGUUUCCCACCUGGCCCCAUGACUGAGCACGAGGUAUGAGCUCUGGGCAUUGUCGUGUCUGUCCUGAGCGCCAGUCCCGGCUGCCUGCCAACUCCUGUCGCCCUGGGACCGCCUCCUGUGUCUCCGUGGUGCGUGCCCGUGUGCCAGAGCCCCCGUGUCUACAGGAUCGUGAGUCCUGCAUGUCCAUGAACCGCCUUUCACCUCCAUCUUUCCUGAGUGGGGCUUAGCUUUGUUUGGGAAAGACAUCUUUCCCACAGCAGACCUCAAAUGGGACGUGCCUGCUGGUCACCAGGUGGAGGGACACUCCUGGGCUCAUGUACAAGGCUGUUUACUGUGCCUAAGUCUCAGGCCGUCGGCGUAGUGACGGUGGUUUGUCGUGGGCAGGAUCAGCCCAGGGGUGGUGUCCAGAGGGACCACUGGUCAGCCUGGUUCCCUCAGGCUCUACCGCAAUUCCUGGGGUGAUGUUACAUGGCCCACGUCGUCCCAUGUGAAGCCACCGCCUUCAUACUGGGACCUCCAGAUGGGAAAUCAGUAAAUAAAGGCCGUGUGCUUCCCUAUGGUGGCUCUCUCUUCCCUAGGGGUGUGGGGCUGGUGUCCUAGAACUGCUGGCUGGAAUGAGAGGUCUGAAUUCAAGUCUGCUUCACAGACUCUGCAGAAGGUUCUGGAAUGUGGGAGCAGUCCUGCUCCC